UCCGCCGCUUCGCCGACGCUAUCGUCGACGCCCUCGUCGACGACUUCGCACCCGCAUUACCUCAUGUACGAUGAGGACGGGGCUGCGGUGGACCAAAAGAUUGAAGUGGACGAACGAGGUAUUAUCGAGACGAAUAAUAUGGUGAAUCCCGAACAGGUGGUAGCCGCCACCGCCGGUGGUAUUGGUGUGGGAGUCGGUAUCGGUGUAGGGGGACCGGGUACGACCACUGGAAGUAGUACCGGGUUGACUGGUUAUUGGCAACACGCGACUACCGCCACUGGCUAUUGGCCAUCGUUGUUCGAUUGUUGGACGACGCCGCCGAUCGCGUCCGGUUCGCAGACGCUGUCUUUACCACGGGAUGACGAUUGAGGCCAGUAGAAUUUUAUCGACUACUCAUACGUUCUCCAGAUUCCCCAAAUUUGUCGCGAUAUCUCGUUUCGCUUUAUUAAACAUCAAAUAUUUAAUCUAAACGAAAUAUGGUUCGAAAGUACCACAUUUAUAUCUCUACCGAGAACCGCAAGAAUAAUUUAUUGUUAUAGUUGUAAUAAAUUGAAAAAAUAUAUAACCGAAACAGCUUUUUCACACGGUUUUAAAAAAUUUAUAAAAGUUUAAAGUCAUGUGUUAAUCAAUAAUCGAUUAAAACUCAACAUGCGAUGCAAACUUUGUCACAGAAUUGGAAAUAUUUGCUUUUCGCGAAUUUUGAGUUUCACUGACAAGAUAAUCUUUGAUUUUGAGAUUUUCGCGAAAUAAGGGCAAGGAAAAAAGGGUAAAGAAGUGUCUUUCUCACGAUGAAAGAAUUCACAGUUGAAACAGAACUUACAGUUGAAAAUGUUUAAUUACGUUGUAAAUACGAGUAUUUAUGCGAGCAAUCAACUACGUCGGGCGCGAUCGGCUAUAAUUUCGGCGAGUUUGAUUGGACUCGCAUAUAUUCCUCAAGACAGGUAAAAGUUAAUGGAGUACAAAUGUUAAACUUUCACCGCGAUAAAAAGUAUAUUUAAUCCUCCUCCCCAUCUUUGUAUUUUUUAACUUGACAAAUACGUUCAUUAUUUCUCAUAUUAUAUACGAAUACGAUGUUGACGCGAUAAAGUAACAAAAUGGUAUUAUUUUGCUGAAAAAAAAAAGAUGUAUAUUUCUUCAAAAAAAUAUUGCAUGACGUAAAUGUAAAUUAUUUUACGCUGCACACGUUAAUAAAUUUGUUUUUCGACGCGUUAUAAAAAAAUGGGGCAGGGGGUUAAUUUCUAAGAGUGGCGGCGGUAAUAAAGAAUCCCUCGCGGAUUCCGUACUCAUUAAUUCUGUAGAUAUAUGUAUAGUAGAACGCUGGCUCUUUGUGCCGAGCGCAACUGUAUACCAAAAAAUUGUUACAUUGUAAUGACGAUAAUAAUGAGCAUUCAGCAGAAUACUAAAAUAUUAUAGACUGUAAGUAAGCGGAUUAUGCGUUGUACAGUGUAUGGAGCAUCCUAUCGAUUAGGCGUAUGUUAUAAAUAUAAAUUAGUAUUGUCGAAUAAUUACUAAAACAAUAUUCAAAGUAUCCUCGCGCGGCGCGUGCAAUUGAAUUUUUCAAGUCCGUCGAUUCUCUUCCUCUUCGUACUCUUAUCGUUCCAACGACAGUGUUUAACUUAUGCGUAUAUACCCUUGAUUGUGUAACUAGAGAGGCGUUAUAACGUAUAAUCAACGAAAAUGUCCUAUUUUUAUAAGUAGCUUAUUAUUUGAUAGACCGCGCGUUGUGAGAAAAAAAACAAAACCAAAGUUAAACCCAAAAGAUACCACGUAUGUAUAGUAAUUAUGCCGCGCGUCGAGGCCACGGAGAUAAUUGUAUAAAUUAUUACACAUAACGGGGGAGUGUGGUGGUGCGUCGGGGAGAUUUGACGGGAUGAAACACGACGACGAGAUACACACGACGCGAGAAUCGAUCGACUUCGGAAGUCGACAGCGAGCGGCCGAUCGUCGCCAAAGCUCGAGGCAUAGUCACGUAAGAUAGGCGUAAGAAACGACCGCUAUUUUGUAUGAAUCCCAAUGUGUCGUACAAAUGUUCGUCGUAAUCACAUAUCCCAGUCCCUGCGGUGAGUGAUUUGUAACGUCACGCAGAAUGUUCUUCAUUCCCGUUUGUCACCUCACUCGCUACGUGUAAACGUUCCUACUGGGCGAUAUUGAGCGCCGUAAAAAGGCCCCGUUUGUAAUCUAGUCACAAUAAAAACCAAUUCUAUUCUAAA